UUCUGCUGUACUGAGGGAAGGCAAGUUCUUUCUGUGGAGAAUCAUGACUGCAAAACAGGACUGAAGCUCUACGUGUGUAUCCUGGAUGGAUAAAUUCUUCCUAAAAGGAUUUACUCUUUAACAUGGACUAUAUUUGAGAAGCUUCCUGCACAUUUUGGGAUUUACUGCAUUGGAUUUGGAUUUUAAGGGCUUGUCAGCUGGUGGAGGAGUUAUGGAAGGCCUUGCAGCAAUGAGUGACAUGUCUUUGCUGAGUGUUUCUGCUAAGCAGUAGAGAUUCAACAUGUAGCUGAAGUAAACAAGUCCCUUCACGCCUGGGAACAGUCCGACAUUAUAAUGGGGAAUUCGUACGCAGGGCAGUUGAAGUCUGCUCGCUUUGAGGAGGCUCUCCACAACUCCAUCGAGGCAUCGCUGCGCUCAAGCAGCAGAGAUCCGCAGCCCAUCUUCACACAGCUCUACUUGGAGCCAGAGCCAUAUCCAGGUAAAGUGGAAGUUGACAUGAAGUCGAAAGCUGAUGUGGCGCUCCACGGUGGGGACGACACGGGGCAAGAGCUUAUGAAUGGUCACUCCUCCAAUGAUCUGGAGGAUCUGGAAGAUGAUGACGACUCAGACAGCAACAGCCCUCCUCUCCCCUACUUGCAAACUCCUGCACCGGAUGGAUGCUGCACGCUGGAUGGAUUCUGUCAGGCUGGAAAGGACCUCCGCCUGGCCUCCAUAGCAACAGAGCCCAUUGAAGUCCCAGCAGGCUUUGAGUUGGUCGGUGCCAAGUCCCCCAACGUCCCUGAGCACAUCCUGGUGUGUGCUGUGGACCGCCGCUUUCUGCCUGAUGAGAAUGGGAAAAAUGCACUUUUAGGUUUUUCAGGAAACUGUGUGGGCUGCGGUGAAAAGGGUUUCAGAUACUUCACAGAGUUUUCAAAUCACAUCAACCUGAAGUUAUCUACACAGCCCAAAAAGCAGAAGCACUUAAAAUACUACCUGGUGAAGAAUUCUCAGGGUGUUUUGUGCAAAGGACCGCUUAUCUGCUGGAAAGACAGUAAAACCCGUCAAUUCUCUAGCAAUGCAUCGACCUCCAAACCGAGCUCGUCUUCAUCUCUGAGCGGCAAAGAAAACGGAGGCACUAGCGGACACAGCUCCUCUCCAUUUUCCCUCUCAGAUUCUCCACCCACCAGGACAGCACAAGUAUCCUCUGUGUUUUGUGGCAGUCAGGAUCUUGGAAGAGACUGCAGUUUCCUCAAACCCCUGGCCUCCACUCCCGGAAACAAGACUCUGCCGAUAGUUCCCACAGCUCUUAGGGUGAAUGGGCCAACUAAUGGCCUGAGUGUUGAUGUGCAUCCUCCCUUACUGAGCCCUUCCCAGGUUUCAUUAGGCCCUCAGGUUCAGGGGUAUCGCACUGCUGAUCUAGGAGACAGUCCAGUCUCGUCUGCUAUGAGCUCUGGCCCUCCAAAGAAGCGUCACCGCAGCUGGCUUUCCAGCUCACUGGUACCAGUCCCGCCAACAGCUGUCCCUGUGCCUGCAAUUCGCCCAAUAGUUUGCUCUCCAGGUUCUGUAAUAGCAGUGUCCUCCCCUCAGCCACCUGUGGCAGGUGUCAUACAGCCACAGCCUGUCAACGCUGGAGAAACAGUCAUCGUCCCAGACAAUCUGCUCAACUCUUCAGGAGUUCGCCCUGUCAUCCUCAUUGGACAUGGAACUUUACCUUAUUUCUGCGGGAACGUUGGCGACAUAAUGGUGAGCCCCCUGCUGGUCAGCUGCUAUAAGAGCAGCCAGCUGACAGAAAAGAACCUGGUGACUUUGGGCCUCCACAGCAGUCAGAUGCUUAAUGUGGAGUCGAUGAUCUUGCUCACUUUGCAGUACCUUGCACGUUUAGGUUUAGACCAAAUUCCUCUGAGGGAGGAGCUGGAGCAGAUAGUCCUGAAGGCCAUGCUGUGCUGUCCCGGGAGUUCUGCCAUAUCCCCGUCACAGCUGCCGUGGCUGGCUCGGUUGGAAGCUAGCGUUUCCGGGGGCAGCGUCCAAGUGGUCGUUACCCACACAUCUUUAGGGGAGGGCAUUUCUGAAUCCCUGCGUUCUCUCAGUGAGGGUCCUCACCAUCAACAGUGUCUGCCAACCUAUGUUGUAAUUAUAUGUACCUCAAAAAUUAGCGGCAAUGAGUUUUGCGUGCUUGUUUUAGGAAAGUACCAAGCACGAGCCUUAGCUGAAGGUAUGCUGACAACCAAUGAGUUCCUGAAGGAAAUCAGCUAUGAACUCAUCACGGGUAAAGUCAGCAUCUUGGCAUCUCACUUCAAAACGACCUCCCUUGGGGAUAAUCUUGACAAGCAGCUGGUACGGUACCAACGCAGACGGAAAGGACAGGUCAUCCAGCCCUUUCAGGUCGAUGUCACUGACCACAUCCACUCCCAAGAGGCUGCCAGCAUGUCACUACUGGCAGACACAGAGUUUUUCAGUAAGAUCUUUCAGAUCUAUCCAGCCCAACUGAGUGUGGCUCGUAACCUCCUAUCUCAAGUUUGCUCCAUUGCUGACUCAGGGACCCAGAACCUUGACUUGGGGCGGUUUUGUAAGGUGGAUUUUCUUAUUCUGGUCCCACCAUCUCACAUUCUGGUACACCAGACAGCACAGCGCAUCCGACAAUCAGGAGUGCUUGUGGAUCUGGGAUAUGAAGAUGCCUCCACAGCGAGCCAGAAAUCAGACAAAUAUGUGGUGCGCCUGGACGCAGACGUUCACACCAAGAUGGAGGCCUUCAUGAAGAAAGUCAAACAGAAUCCCUACACCCUGUUUGUCCUUAUCCAUGACAACUCACACGUUGACCUUACAAGCGCGCUGUCAGGGUCAGUGUGCCACGGGGAGCUGCAGGGUCUGGCCGACCGGGUAGUGAACUGCCAGGAAGUCCUAGACGCCAUGAACCUAUUAGUCCUACAAGUCAGCUGCUUCCCUUACACCCUGCAGACACGCCAGUCCCGCAUCAGCACCCACAAUGAAAUUCACUGGCCAUGCAAUGAAAGCCUGCAAAGAGAGCCGUCCUCUGAUGACCUGGUCUAUUUUGGCCUGAGGGACUACAGCAGCUCCCUGCAGUGGGGUGUGGCCAGUCCCAUUCUGCGCUGUGAUGAUGCGUUUGAGAAGAUGGUUCACACUUUGCUGGAGAGACAUCCACACCUACAUAGCAUGGUGAUCCGCAGCUAUCUGCUGAUUCAGCAGUACACGGAGGCCAUGAUGGCUUUGACCUCUUCGCCAUCUCUGAGAGAUCACAUAACCCCAGAGACCCUAGCCAUGGUGGAGGACCUUAUCAAUGCUCCAAGCCAGGAUGGCUCCCAGGGCCGUGGUCACAUGCUGCUGGUCCGUGUUCCCUCACUGCAGCUGGCAAUGUUGGCCCGAGAGAGAUUAGAGGAUGUAAGAGACAAACUGGGACUCCAGCUGUGCUUUGCGGUACUGCUGGGAAGUCCAGCGUCUGAACUCAACCUGCCCAAAAACUUCACCAGCCGCCUCAAGGCAUGGCGAGGCUGUGAGAAUGAGGACUGGGUACCGCACACAUAUGAGGAUCUGGAAGGGCUGCCCUGCAUUGUCAUCCUGACAGGGAAAGACCCUCUUGGAGAGACCUUCCCCAAAUCUUUGAAAUACAGUGAUCUGCGUCUAAUAGACUCUAGCUACCUGACUCGUACAGCCUUGGAGCAGGAGGUGGGUCUGGCCUGCACCUACGUGUCCAUGAGUGUGAUGCAGGAGCCCAAGGCAGCUAGGCCUUCUCGGGAAUCAGAUGGAGAGAAAGCUACCACCAGUCUGAAUGAUGGAGAUGAGCUGGAAAGACCUCAGAGCAAUGGCAGUGCUGCAACCAGAACAUCUGGCUCUCUAGUUGAGAAUGGUGUCAGUUCAUCUGACAUUGCAGACUCUUCCCAGAAGCCCUCCACUUACACCUCCCAACCUGAAAGUGUCGUCACCUUCGACAUCGGCACGUUAACGCAAGGAGUCAAGCAGGAGUGCGACUCUCUGGGAAGCCAGCUUUCCUCCAACCCCUCCAAAGCCUCUAAUGUCCCUCCAUCCCUUUACUCCAACUCAUCAUCUUCCUCCCCUUCCACAUCUUCCUCCUCCUCGCAGAGGCCCAGCCAGUCCACUCAGUGCAGCCGAGCGUCUAAGUCCUCUAGAGUGUCACCUCGGAUUGUCAUCCUGUCACGAGCAGCGUACAACCUGCUAGCAGGGGAGUCGGGGAGUCAGCUUUGCUCCUUCUCCUUGCUGCCUCAUGCAGACGUGGCCUGGAGCAGUCCGUUAAGGCCUCUCAUCACUUACAACCUGCAGGGGGCAGAACAGAGCAUGUACUACCGCCAGUGGACCACUGCCAGACAGCAUCAUGCUGAUUAUGAAGCGCCACCUGUGCCACAUCCACGGCGCCUGCUGCUCAGUGGACCACCCCAGGUGGGAAAAACUGGUGCCUACCUGCAGUUUCUACGUAUCCUGUUCCGCAUGCUCAUCAGGCUGUUAGAAGUAGAUGUGUAUGAUGAGGAAGAGGACGAGGAGGAAGACACUGCAGCGGUCACAACUCCAGUAAAUACCCAGUGGCCUGACAUUGAGGAUGUACGAAAGCUGCCCUUUGACCCCAACCCCCGAGAUCCCAAGUUCAGGAAGGCCAGCCCCGUUUACUCUGACAAGAUACCAAAGAGCUUAAGAGAGUUUAAACAAGAAGGAGAAAGCCAAACUCAAGUUAAACGAGUGACCAAGUCAAUACGGCUCAGUAGGUUUGCUGCUCACAAUGCCUUUCAUCACUGUGAACAGUGUCACCAGUACUGUGAGGCAAAUCCUGCCACACAGCUGUCAGAGUGCACUUUCCAUGCUUUCACCUUCUGCUCAUCCAUGCUGGGGGAGGAGGUCCAGCUUCAGUUUUUCAUUCCUAAAGCCAAGGAGCAGCACUUUGUUUUCAAUCAGCAGGGCAGCCACCUGGAGAGCUUGCGUCUGCCACUGGUCUCCACCAAGGACCCAGAUCUUUUGAAGAGUCCAAUCUUCACCCCGACGACAGGACGCCAGGAGCACGGCCUGCUCAACCUUUACCACACCAUGGAGGGCGCCACUCAUCUGCACAUCCUGGUAGUUAAACAGUUUGAGAUGCCCCACUACAGAAAGUACUGGCCCAACCACAUCUUACUAGUCCUUCCAGCAAUGUUCAACAAUGCUGGAGUUGGUGCUGCACGCUUUAUGAUCAAAGAGCUGUCAUACCAUAACCUGGAGCUGGAGAGAAACCGACUAGAGGAGCAAGGUGUCAAGAGACAAGAUGUAUGGCCUUUCAUUGUCAUGAUGGAUGACUCCUGUGUGCUGUGGAACGCCCACCAGUCAGCAGAUGGAAGCGAUACAUCAGAAGGAAGCUCAACACUCACCAACGUGUCCCUGAAAACGGUGCUGCAACACAUGGAGAACACACCAAAGAUCUCCCUGUAUGCUAUGUGUGGAACACGAAAGUGGAAUAGCAGCUUGGCUCAGAAGUCUCCUGGAAACCAGUUCAGCCGAUGUCAUCUCCACGACUUUGUCAUGCUUAACGUGGAUCUGACCCAGAAUGUUCAGUAUGACCUUAAUCGGUAUGGCUGUGAGGAGGUGGACUUUAAUCUGAGGGUUAAUAGCAGUGGGUUGCUGCUAUGCCGCUUCAACAACUUCUGCCUGAUGAAGAAACACAUUCCAGUCGGAGGAAACAAAGACUUUGUCGUCAAACCUAAGCUUAUGGAAAUAGAAAACCCAGCUCCAAUCAGCCCAUCACAGUAUGUUUGUGCCCCAGACAGCGAGCAGACCCUCUUAGAUGCCCCAGCCCAAUUCCUGUUGGAAAGCUUCCUGCAGAGCUGCAGCCACAGAUUGUUUCCAAAGGCUGUUAAGAACAGAAACAACCCAGUUCUGUCCAUCGACAGCUACCUUAACCUAAGCCCAGAGAUUUCUGUCUGCUACAUCAGCUCUCGUCCACACUCAACCAACCUGAACCAUCAGGGUCUGGUGUUCAGUGGUCUGCUGCUUUACCUCUGUGACUCUUUUGUCGUCUCUGGACUGCUCAAGAAGUUCCGCUUUCUCAAAGGUGCCACCCUCUGUGUGAUCUGUCAGGACCGAAGCUCCCUGCGUCAGACCAUCGUCCGCCUGGAGCUGGAGGAUGAGUGGCAGUUCCGCCUGCGGGAUGAGUUUCAGACAGCAAACUGCAGCGAGGAUCGGCCCCUCUAUUUUUUGACAGGCCGCCACAUUUAAACACAUCAAAGUGUAAUGUGCUGCUGAACAGACAAAAAAAAAGGGUUCAUUCCAAAUCAUCCAGCAACUGUGAUUUUUUCCAAGCUGAUAGAUGUGGUUGUUCUUUACGUGUGUACUACUGCACUGCACUAUCCCUGGUUCUGAGUAGAGCCCUUCAACUCCUGCUUGCCACUCGUCUUCACUAUAAGUUGUUCUACCGAAAGGGACUUCUGGGGGAAAAGCACUGCUUAAGUUGAACUUUCGUUGUCACAUUUUACAAAAAUGGAUGCACUCUGAUUGAUAAGUUGGAGUAUUUAAAGAUUGUUUGCAUCCAUAAACUUUGAAUUUAGUGCGUCCAAUCCUGGACAUGCGCGUUUAUCUCAGGGUUUCAAAGAAGGGAGGUCUAAGGGACACAGCUUAAAGGCGUUAAGUUUUUUCCUCCCUGUUCACAGUGUAUGUUUUGUAUUAACUUAUGUUGGCACCAAAGACUCAGCUGCACCUUCCUCUUUUCCCUUGCUUUGCCUCUGCAACAGCGAAGCUCAUUAGCUGACUGCAUUAAAAAAAUAAAUAAAAACAUGGAGGUUGAAUGUUGGAUUUCCAUUAUCAAGAGUGUCAAAUUCUGCUUUUCUACUAGUGGGAUUUGUACAGUAAGUGACUAUUUGAUCUAGCACAUUUAAGCUUGUCUCCUGUGCCUCUAUGAUAUUUAUGUGGUAUUGAUAAUCUUUCUGACAAAGAAGUGGUAUUAGUGUUGUUUUAGUUUCGCUGAAUCACAACUAUGAAAGUUUACAAGUUGUGAUUUUCCAAGAAUGUAUGACUUAAAUGUGAUGUUAUGGCUUGAAUAUAAACCUGUGAAGUGGGUCUGAUAUUUAAGACCCAGAAUUAGACUUACAUACAGCAGUCUGUUUAUGUGUGAUGCCAGUUUGACAAAUACCCUAUCAUAAAAGAAAUAGUUUGAAUUUACACAUUUGCUGACUUAAAUGCCAUAAAGUUAGUUAAUACAAUUUAAUAAUCAAGCUCCCUCACUGCCAAUGAUCUUGCUACUGACUAUGCCUGGGAUUUUAGCUCCUGGUGUGAUGCUCCGAGGCUGAUUGUACUUUUAGGCUGCUAUUUGCGUUCCUUACCUCUUUAAGGAAAGGUUAAUCAAAGAAAAAAAAUAAGAAAAAUGUCAAAAGCAGCUUUCCAGGUCACUUCAUUUACUUGAAAGUAUUUUUGUGUUUCUCCACAGGGUUGUCCAAAGAAUAUGCCUUAAAUGAUGUUUCACAUAGUCACAUGUCAUCCGUUUUUCAGACCAAUGAGAAGGAAAAAUUUUAACUGUAAGGAAAAAUUGUUUGAGUGAAGCAAGAUAAAAUAAUUGGAUUUUGGACUACUGUACUGUUUAAAUUUUGUUUACAUUAUUAAUAUAUUAUAUCACCCCUUUAACCACUAAGGGAUUCUUAUGUUUUUUUUUUAAAUUCUUGUGUAACUUUUGCCAGUAUAUUUUGGUCAUGUCUUUCUGCAUUUUAUGUUGCAAAGACAAGAAGAAUCUACCUAGAUAUAUCUUUAAACAUGUGUCUGUAUCCCCAUUCUGUUCUUGUGUUGGAUUUUUGUUGAAAAUGAAAAUCAGGUCCAUAAGGGAUUUUUAUUUAUUUGACAAGCAUUUUGGACUGAUAAUCAUGUUCACGUGUGAUAUUUGAUUACAUGCUGAGUAGGGUGCUCCCUCUUCAAAACCAUCCAUGAAUGCUUUGCACAGGAACCCAAACGGAUGAUUCUUUGAUGGGUUGAAUGUCACUGGGGGUUGGAAAUGUGAGUUUGCACUAUUCAAGUUACCAACUGAGAAAAUAUAAGCAAAAACAUUUGCUACCCCAGAUUUAGUCCAAAUAUAAGACUGGUGAUCAAAACAUUUUUGUCAUUCUUCACUGGUCCAAAGAAUGUGUUUUUUUUUUGUUUUGUUUUUUUGAUAAUUUAAUACUUAAUAUGCAACUUGCUCUCACAAUCUUUACUGAAAUGUGUUUGGUGUGUUUGUGCAGCCCAUUGGUAGCCUUGGUGCCUGGUUGAUCUACCUCAUGUUUACCAUUGUGGUUGUAAGCUGUGAAUAAUGUAACAGUAGAGCCUUGCUAUUGUUGUUAAAAAUGUAUGAAUGUAAUAAAAUGACUUCUUAA